CUCAUAUUUCGACUGAAGUUAAAUUCAAAGAAUCUAGAAGAGUGUAUGGAAAAUUUUAAAGUGAGCUACACUUUUGAAGUUGAUGAAAAACUUGAGAUGGAAUAUUCAAAUGAAAUGAUUGAAGAGGUGAACCACUCCUCCAAGAAUGCAACGACUGAUGAGAAGAAGGAUAUGUGCAGAAAGGAAACCUCAGUAUCAUCCAACAAAAAGCAACAACAGAGGAUACAGAAGUCUAGCAAAAGAUAUGUAAAAGAUGGGAGACCGGUUGCUUCCAGAACAGUUGUUAAAAUUGAAGCUCCUGACGAUGAGAAGAUAAAAGGAGAGACAAAACAAAAGAGAUGUAAACAGGAUUUUAAAAGAAAGGCUUCGCGAAAUAAAACAAAGGAAAAUGUAUUUGAAAAGGAGGUAGCAAACAUUCAAGCUACAAGUUCAGAUAUAAUUACCAUAGGAGAUGAUUCAGAUAAAGACCGCACACAAAACAAGACAGAUGUCAGAAGGCCUACCAACAAGAAACUCAGAAGAGUUAUGAACAAAAACAAAUUCAAUAGUGACGUGAAAUGUACAUACUUUUUCUUUCUGUAUUGUUUUCAAGAUAAACACAAAGUACUAUUGUGUUCUAACUCGUGA